AUGUAUGUAUACUUGUGUAAUUUGUUGGUUAUGUAUGUAUACUUGUACAAUUUGUUGGAUUUUGCUCUGAAUUAUUCUCGAUUUCCAUAUGAUCAUGUUGUGUUAAGAUUUAAGUAUAAGGUGCAUAAUGUUGACAUUGAAGUUGAUCCUGAUAUUUGCAACCUCAUGGAUUUGAUGAUAGAAUUUGAAGAUAGGUUACAAAAAAAGGGAAUAGUUUUAUUGAACCCUAUUUUUGCUUAUGCUUAUAAAGGCAAACACUGGCCUAUAGAUGAUGAUGGUGGGAUAAUUAGGAUGUUUAGGACCUUCCCUGAUGCUGAUAUUUAUGAGAUUUUGGGGGAAAAAAUAGCUGUUGAACAAGCUAACCAAGCUUUACAUGAACCACCUCCUCUUAAUCAACCACCACCUGAAAAUGUACCACCUCCUCUUAAUCAACCACCACUUGAAAAUGUACCACCACCUCUUAAUAACCAAGCUGCCAAUCCUUCUGACCAAGCUUCAAACCCUUCUGCUGAUGAUGCAAACCCUGUUACUCCACUUCCACACCCUUCUAAUUAUGGAAGGAGCAAGCUACAACCUAGGAGGAGAUUGAGACUGACAUACCAAUCAACUCCUCAAGCAACAACUCCUGAAUCUUCUGUUAACCCCUCAUUAGAAGAGCUUGCCAGUAGGAUUUUAAACUAUGACCCAGAUGCUACCUUCACUGAUGUACAUGAGGAGUUUGAACUGAAUAGUGCUAACCAGUCUGCAAAAGAUUACACUAAGGGUAGGAAGGAUUUUGAGAAGUACAUGGAGAAGGUUAAGGGUAAGGGUAAAGGUCAAGGUAAGGGUAAGGGUAAGGGUAAGGGUAAGGAAGUAGCUGGUUCUUUUGGUGGUACAACAAAGGGCAAGGGUAAGGCAAAACCCAUAUGUUCUGGUGGUGAGAAGUUACCCCCAUCUCCCAUGUCACCACACACUGUUUUUAAGACACUAGCUUUUAGAAGAAGCCCUAGGUUUUCACCAGCACAAACUACUACCAAGCAACCCACUGACAUUUUUUCAUCUAGUCCAAACACCAGAGGUCCAAAUCCAACCACUAACCCCUUGCUUCUUUCUAGAAAAAUUCCUAAGAGUACACAAAUUAGGAAGGGCAUUUGGACUGGUGCUAAGGUCAGAGUCAGUUCUAAGCCAAAUGAGGUUGAGAAAAUGAUAGUGAUGUACCAGAAGAUGAGUUGUUUGAGAUAGGAGAGGUUCCCCACAUAAAAGACAAUUGGGAGAAGGGUUUUUGGUUUGGUUUUAUAGAUGAUGAUGAUGAUGAUGACUACUUUCAGCAGUUGUAUGGGCCUGGUGAAAUGUAUGAAGAGGUGAAAUUUGGGAAGAUUGUACUUAGAUCCUGGAUGAUUUUCAUAGACAAGGCUCAUUUAAGGGAAACUUUGAAAGAUAUGCAGUGCAGGAAGGUUUUGCUUUACAUGUUAUUGCUGCAGACAACAAGAGAUACACUGUGACAUGUUAUGCACAGUGUUGUGAGUGGAGAUUACAUGCCAGUAGGUUAGUUGAUGGUAAGACAUGGGCAAUAAAGAAAAUAUGGCCAGAUGUUCAUAACUGUAGGGGUUUGGAAACCUACAACCCUAUCUGUACUGUGAAGUGGGCUGCUCCUAAGGUGAUGGAAGAUAUUAGGGCUGAUCCUGACAUUCCAGGCAAAGCAUUGAAUGAACUCCUAUUUUAGAGGUUUGGAAUAUAUAUGAAACAAGCUUCACUGUACAGGCUGAAGAGGUAUGUCAUUGAAAAACUAUUUGGUGGUCAUGAUGAGUCUUACUCUCUUAUGCCAAGGCAUGCUGACAUGAUAUGCUUCACUAAUCUUGAGUCAAAGGAAUUUGUAGCUUGGGAACUGAGUAAAAGCAUUCCUAGGGUCAAUCUGUUCUCAAGUAUUUUCAUAAGUUUUGCUGGACAAUGGAAGGGUUUUCUAGGAGGUUGCAGGCCUUUGAUUGGGGUUGAUGGGGCACAUUUGAAGGGCAACUAUGGUGGUAUUCUAUUGUCUGCAGUUGCAUUAGAUGGCAACAAUGAGAUUUAUCCAAUAACAUAUGCGAUAGUGAGAGCUGAAGACAAAGAAAGUUGGGGAUAUUUCUUCUGGCAUCUUCACAACAUAGUCAAGCAAUCAAGCAGACAACAUUGGACAAUUAUAUCUCACAGAUAAAAGGGAGUUGAUCUUGCUCUGACACAAGUAUGGCCUUAUGUAAAAAGGAGGUAUUGCUGC